GCACAAUUAUUAUAUCUGCAAACCACAGUGCAUCGGCUUACACGGGUCUAUUCAUUGGUGGAAGGAGAGAGAGGUGGUCGCUUAUCAGCACUAAUAUUCAUCCUGCGGUGUGUCCGUGCGGUACAAAUUCGUACAAUGCGAAAGAUACGCAGAUGAUCAUCAUCUUGAUGUGCGGUCCCAUGUAUGAUGGGUCUUAUCGGUGUGUCAUAAUGACACUCGAUUAGAGGUUUUAUAAUACGCAGCUUCAUCGUGUUGAUAGCAACGCAACAUACAAUGUUGCCACACUUCAAGAGCAUCCGUCUAGCGUGUGAUCGAUCGUUUGUUUUGCUGCUUCCCUAAGCUAGCUCUGGUCGCGUUGGAAUUGGGACACAAGGUCAACGUUUCAAACUUCCAAUCGACCUAUCCCAAUUUUCACUGCAAGACACCUUAAUUGGGUAAAAUGUUGAGGGGAGAAUUAUGUGCCGAAAAACGAUCCAAAGAUCAAAGUCUAGCCACUGGACGCAUGCUAAUUGAGGCAAUAACCGAACUCUGGGUCGUCUCCCAGACAUUGAGUGUGUUUCACAAGUGGGACAAGUAUGGACUGCAGAUGAACUGCAUCGGCCUCAUUUGUAGUUUAAGUGCCUUUAAUUGUUCUGAAGAUGACAUGACAGUGGUCUUCCAAAACACCAACAAGAAACAAUAAAGUCACAUCCAACAUAGAUAGCUUGGUUGUUAUUUUUUUUUAAACGAAAUUUUCUGAUUUAUUUCGGCAAUGAGUUGCAUAUAAGAAGGGUUUAAUUUUCUUUGUGAGUCAUAAUAAAUGACAAGACAAUAUGAUCAGCUGUUGGGUUCGUGUCUUCCCCAGGAGUGGCGUAUAUCAGUUGUGUCAAUUCAAAUGAAAGAUACGGUAACAUCCAGGAUUAACUUAAUUAGGACUGUUGUAAUGACUGUCAAUUGCAUCUUGUUGAAGUGAGGGUGUGUGUUGGUGUUUAAGCAUCUCUUAUCUUUUUUAUUGUUCAAGAGCACUGAUAAUUGUUGAAGGCUCAGUUAUACCACCAUUGAAACUGCACCUUUAUCGCAACAGAAAAAGGAACCCGGCAUUGUGAAACAGACGGAGAAAUCAUUUCCAAUGCGUACCUUUAGUACACUUUCAUCGAAGUCAUUAAUUACGACAAUAAAAACUCAAAGCUCAAAAAAUUUCUCUUCAUAAAAAACUCCCAGUUCCCUCACCUUCUCUUGAUACGCAUGGAAUGUUUUGGAAUGUAUAAAACACUAGCGUAUCCAGCUGUGGUUCUACUUUCAAAAUUAGCCUUCGACACAGUUCCCCUGUGGAAAGGUUCCACAUAAUAGCUACUUCAAAAAAUCCAUUACGAUGGGGGGGCGUUCCGACGUUACUACCGGGCGCAUACACUCUUCGCUUUAAUUCCACUCGAAACAACACUAACACGGAUCACACAAAAAUUGCCGGCUUGCCUGGUUGGUCACCAAACAAAACAAACAUUCCAUAGGGACACGAUCUCGCCGAACUUAGCUCGCGAGACCCAUCAACGGUCCCGUCCUGUGGGUGAUUUCUUUGAGCACGUGCAAUUACUCGAACGAUAUCUCUGCGUCGCCGUUACACGCCGUUAGCGUGCGCAUGUUUGUGUGAGACUGUCGGGUUGCGCUUUCCUCGGAUUUCCGUACGGUUAGCAUAUAAUGAGACUGAUGGCGUUCGCCGCCUGGCAGUCGUUCAAAUCGGAACCGAGCGUGAAGGAGGGCCCGACCAGAGCGCAGAAGAAGUGAACCGCCGGACUAGAAUGUGAUAAGUUGAGCAUUUAACGAAGCGUGGUUGAAUCUUAGCGCGAACGCAAAGGAGGUGUCGCAGCCCAGUUUAUGGACUAGAGUGGCAGUGUAACGUAUGAUAAUUGAUAAGCAUCCGACACCAUAUCAAUCAUCAUGGCUUCAUCGUUCGGUGUGUGGGACUAUGUUGUGUUCAUCGCCAUGCUGCUCGUGUCCGCCGGAAUCGGAGUGUAUUAUCGGUUUUCCGGUGGCAAGCAGAAAACAAAUACGGAGUACCUGCUGGCUGAUCGUAACAUGUCGAUCUGGCCGGUGUCAUUCAGCUUGAUGGCCAGCUUCAUGUCCGCGAUCACGCUGUUGGGUGUGUCGAACGAAAACUACCAGUUCGGCACACAGUUCGUGGCCAUCAACCUUUCGUACGGGCUUGCCACCCCGAUUGCGGCCUACCUUUUCCUGCCAGUAUUCUUCCGUCUGCAAGCCUGCAGUGCGUACGAGUAUCUAGAGAAACGUUUCGGCAAAAAAACACGGCUAGCUGCCUCUUUAGCGUACACACUGCAGAUGAUUCUGUACAUGGGAAUUGCGGUUUACGCACCGGCGUUAGCGUUACAGGCCGUUACCGGGCUGGACCAGGCGUAUUCGAUCCUCGCGAUCGGUGGCAUCUGCACGUUCUACUCGACGAUCGGUGGCAUGAAAGCGGUCCUGUUUACCGACGUGUUUCAGUCGGUGCUAAUGUUUGCCGCCAUUUACGCGGUCAUUAUUUGUGCCGCCGUAAAAGCCGGCGGACUGGGACCAAUAUGGGACGCCGCGUCCGAAGGUGGACGGUUGGAAAUUUGGAAUUUCGAUCCGAACCCAACUACGCGCCAUACCUGGUGGACAUUGACAAUCGGUGGUAUGUUUACCUAUCUGUCGCUCUAUGCCGUCAACCAGACGCAAGUGCAACGGCUUAAAACGGUGAAGAACCUAAAGUCCGCCCAGAAAGCGCUUUGGCUAAACUGGCCCAUUCUGUCGCUGCUCAGUCUCAGCACCUCCUUCAGUGGGCUGGCGAUCUACUACUUCUAUCGAAACUGUGACCCACUGCGGCAGGGCCGCAUAAAGGUGCGCGAUCAAACUAUGCCACUGUUUGUGGUCGAUGCUAUGGGUGAUUUGCCCGGUUUGCCGGGCCUGUUCGUGUCCGGUAUCUUCUCCGCCAGUCUAUCAACCGUAUCGGCGGCCCUUAACUCGUUGGCGGCGGUCACGCUCGAAGACUAUCUGAAACCACUGUACCUGAAGGUAAAGCGGAAACCAUUGCCCGACCUCCAAUCUAGCUUCCCGAGCAAGGUGAUGGCGUUCCUGUACGGUGUGAUCUGCAUUGCAGUAGCGUUUCUCGCACAAAAGAUGGGCGGUGUGCUGCAGGCAUCGCUCACGAUUUUUGGUGUUGUCGGUGGACCACUGUUUGCGCUCUUUACCAUGGGGAUGUUUACCACACGUGCCAAUCAACGGGGUGUGAUUACGGGACUGCUCGUGGGACUAUCAUUUUCACUCUGGAUAGGCUUUGGACAACCAAGGCCGCCGGUAAAAACGCUCGACUUUUCCGUGGAAGAUUGUUCGGACUUCGGGGGCUACAAUCAGACGAGCUUACCGCUGGCGAUGGCACAGCGAGCCGCAGAACCGCGUGACGAUUCCGACUACUUCUACCUUUACCGGGUGUCUUAUCUAUGGUUUAGCGUGCUCGGGUAUCUUGUAACGUUCAUCGUUGGUUACGGUACCAGCUUAUUAUUGCGCUGGCGUGGUGCUCAGGGUACCGAGCGGAUCUAUCUGGACGAGCAGCAAACCUAUAUCAAUACCGACCUGUUUUCGCCUCCGGUUGCCCGCGCUAUGAAGCAGCGAAUGGCAAAGAUUAUCGAGAACGGUGGAGAUAUUGACGCUUCCGCUAGGCAGCAUCCGAGUAGUGUGGACAUUUCUACGGCUGCUAAGCAAAGUGCAAAUCCACUCUAAUGCCAACCAGAUUCCAAUAUUCCCUCGUAUCCCACCUACCCCAUUAUCCAACGGCUGUGGUGGAUAAAAGUAAUGAUCCACUCAUCAACAACAUAAAAAGCGCACAGUUCAUAUUCAAAAUGUGCCAGCUCUGUAUCGCGGCAGCAGCAGCUUUGCGUUUCUUUGCGAUCCUUCAGAAGGAUCGAGACUUAAACUAAACAGAUAAACUGGCACGACGUAUAAACCCCGCCACCCGAUCAGUUUGGGUGCAUGCGUUUUAAGCUGAAAGUGCAACAAAAAUUUACAAAGUAAUCAAGUCUUCCAGUAGCGCGACGCACUACACCUAAAAAACCAAAUAGAACUCAAGAACAAAGUGUGAACAGAGUGUGAGGAAAUUGUUGUGUCGUGCUUGUGUGUUUGAAUGCGGAAUAUUUCCAGCAGCUAACGUAAAACAACGACGUGAGACAAAUAAAUUAGUUAGUAAAUUAGACAGCGCGUAACAGUAGCAGAAGGAAAGGUGCAGCCCAAGUAAACGUACUUCAUUUUUUGUUUUGUCGAUCGUCAGUUUGAGCUGCCGAUGCAAAAGUAUACAUAUAUGGUAGAGGUCUAAUUUAUGUACCCGUUUGCAUGUGAUCGUUUGAUGUAUAUAAUAGAGGCAACAGAGUUGCUAGCAUAGCGAUGUAAAAGCAGGAAAGAUCACUAAAGGAAACUAGGCAAGCUAGGCAGUAGUAGUAAAAAUAAAUCAAUAUACAGAGAUCGACCGUAUUUGGUAAGACAACAACAAAACGAA